AUGGCGGGACGCGUUCCCUUAAGCUCGGGUGCUAACCAACGUCGAGUGUUCAUUGAUUUGACUGAUGACCACGAACCAACUGAUUAUUCGUCAAAACAAUUGACACAAGGGAAAUUGCCCUUCGUGACUACUAUAGCUUAUCGGUCACCAACCGUGCCGCAAAAGAGGAACAGUCUGGAUGUAUCUGAUGAUCUAUCCGACGCAUCCAGCGACGCACCGCGCAAAUUUCCGCGGCGUCGCGGGCAACUACCUCACCUAUCUGAUGAUCUAUCAGACACAUCCAGUGAUGCACCUCGCAAAUUUGCGCGGCGUCGCAGGCAACUACCGCAUGCCCAUCCAGAGCCAUCUACGCCAACUCCUCCGCCAAACGUGAAGGUGUCCCAGGAAGUCAGCGUUGUGAUUCCGUCACCAACAUCAAGGCAAAGGCGGGAUAUUGCACUUGCAAAACGCAAGACCGACAUCAAUGGUAUGGAUGAUGAAAUAUUUCCUACAACCAAAGAAGAUGAGAUAAUCGCCAAGGCCACUUAUCCUACCGCACGGGAUCGCAUCGAUCGUCGUUCAGUCUUGUUACCAUUCAGCCCGCCUUCAGAUCAUUAUCUUACACCCAAGCUAAAGAGUCUCCUAACAGAGCUGAAACGCACCAUAGUCGCGGACGUGAAAAGGGACCAUCUCACAAAGCUCAGCCGCACCUUAAAUAAGAAGCUAAGGCGCAUCGCAGGCCCUCCAGUCAUUGCGGACGUCGACUGCCCAAAGCUUCUUGCCAGGCUGGCUGACAACUUUGAGUUUGUCAACAGUUACCAGUAUCGUGCGGGAGUUGAACCGGUCCCCGAUGAGUCUGAGUUCAACAUUGGCUGUGCAUGCAAUGGCAAAAAGAAUGGCUGCGAUCCUUCUGUCUGUGACUGCCUCAACAAAGAAGAGGAUUCAGAGGAUCGGAUUGUGCCAUAUCAAAUCAGUGAAAGCAACCCUAAGUUGAUCGUCGCGACUAAGGACUUCCUCAGACGCAAGGCCAUCAUCUACGAGUGCAACUCACGUUGUGGCUGCAGAGGUACUCGAUGCUGGAAUCACGUCGUUCAGAAGGGGAGGACGGUCAAGUUGGAGAUAUUUGACACUGGCGCUCGGGGCUUCGGUCUCCGAUCUCCCGACUUCCUUCACCGAGGACAAUUCAUUGAUCUUUAUCUCGGGGAAGUGAUCACUAAAGCUGAAGCCGAGGAACGCGAGAACCUCACCGACGGUGCACAUACGGAAUCCUAUCUUUUCUCUUUGGACUGGAACAUAAAAGACGACGAGGACGAAGAUCGGAACAUGAAAGUCGUCGACGGCCGCAAGUUCGGUUCCGCAACCCGUUUCAUGAAUCACUCUUGCAACCCUAAUUGCAAAAUCGUCCCUGUGUCCACCACCAAUCACGCCGAUGAAUAUCUGUACAAUCUUGCAUUUUUCGCAAACCAGGAUAUCGCACCCGGUACCGAGUUGACCUUCGACUACAACCAAGGAGAGGAAAACACGACCCCUGCAAGAGUCGACCCUGACGCGGUGCCUUGCCUAUGUGGUGAAGAUAACUGCCGUGGACAAUUGUGGCCGAACAAGCGCAAAAGUCAGGGAUCAAAGCCUUAG